AAGUCAUACAGCGAGCAUGGAGAUCCUACCGCAGCCACAAGAUCACGACCGACUUUGCUGCCCUAGAGCUGGAUUUGAACCGCGCCCGGACGCUAUCUUUCGAGGAUCUAACGAGGCUCCUCUCAACGGACAAGACUACAGCCAUGACCACACGGCUGUUGAAAGGUGCUAGAGACGGACAAGGGGAUGCGGGAGCCGUCCGUAUCUUCUUGAGUGCAUACCUGAUUUGUCACAACCAGUGCAGGCCCUCAGCCACGGUGGCAAUCAACCCCAUGAACAAGAGUUGAUGACCAAGGCCAGUGCUUUAGUCGGAGCGUUCAAAUCACAUAUGAAGAUCAAGGCGCCUAAGUCACGGCGAGAUACGUCUAUCACCACCAUAGAUGCUCUGUGCUUCGCCGUUAACGACUUUUCGGCCACUUUCCAUGCGUGGAAGAGCCAGGACAUAGGUGUAUUGGUGGACAUUAUGGUCAACUCCUUUGUUAACCUUGACCUCAUCUUGCAGGCGACCAAAGAUGAUCAGGAAGGGCAUGUUGCGCAGGACUACCUGGAUGCGGUCAGACAAGAACAGAUCAAAUUGUUGGCCAGGCUGAAAAGGCUGGCCGGACCAGAGGAAGCUCUGUCAAGGGUGAGAACGGCUGUCAGAAAGGCUCGAAGGCAACGAGUCGCCGAACAGCGUCCAAAUCGCAUCGACCAAGUCCCACGGGCAUCAACGCCUGUCAAUGACGGUAGCAUGACCGUACACGGAGCUCCCAUCACACCUCCUGCUACUCCACAGCCUUAUCAUCGUGAACGCGACUUGAAAAGUACGACCUUUGCCAAUGACCUUGGUCAAAUCAUGACGGUCCUGCCUUCCAAUCGUGACAUCGCUCAUGAAAUUUUGAUCAACGGCAGCUUUGAGGUACAGCAACGCCCAUGGACAGAUGCACGGAAGGACUUGAUGAUGUCGCUUCGCUCAAGCACGCGUAGCAGCAUGCAAUAUGGCAAUAACGAAGCUGCUGCAACAUGGACUCAUGCCAUGGCAAUACUCAUUCGUGAGAAGGUGAUGAACUUGGUCAGCCGUCGGCAUCCGCUCUACGACAGGUUUAAUGGGAUUUUGGAUCCAACCUUGAUCAGUCAGCAGUGCCGGAAUUUUUUCGAGACCAUUUCGAGAUUACUUGCACAAAUCUGUUCACCAGGACGUGACGAGAUCGUCCAGGCUUUUGCGAAUAACACGACCAGCGACACCAUCGACCGGCUGUUUGACGUUAUCAACAUCAUUGAUCUGAUGACUCUGGAUCAUAUUAAUUUUCAAUUCCGGCUGGCUGCGCAGUCUCCUUGAGCGCGGUCAUGAGCACGAAAUAGCUUCAUUUGAGAAAGAUCUUCGAGAUGGCGUCCAUACGCUCGAGCGGACGAAACAUUGGUGGUCAAGCUCUAAAGCCAGCGUCUCUGCGAACAUUACGAAAAAAGCACGAAGCAGUCAUGGUCAUCACAACGCCCGCUCGGGUCCUGCAGAAAUCGUUCACUUUCAGUCCAAUCCACAUACAGUACUCCGUACCCGUUACUCGGUAUAGUACUCCG